AUGGUUGAUCUUGAGCUUCUACAACUCAACUCUCAUCCAAGCUUGGUGAAGCUCAUUGGCUACGGUUUGGAGCGUACUAUGUUGUUCAUCAGUCAUCCAAAGUCUUUGCCGUGGGAGACAAGGCUUAAGAUAUCCAUAGGAGCGGCUCAGUGUCUUGCCUUGUUGCACUCUUUGAAGAUCAGCAGACUCUACAAAGGAAAUCUCACGGCUUCUAAAAUCCUUCUCGAUUCGGGUUUCAACGCAAGAGUUUCCUAUUUUGGACUCGAGAUGCUACCUGAUCUCACUAGCCGAUCAUACGUCUCCUCGUAUGAAGAUGAACCAUAUGCAGGGAAGUUGGACAUGGCGAGGGAUUUGUACAGCUUCGGUGUUAUACUACUUGAGACCUUUACUGGUCUUGAGAAUCAUCAGCUAGUCGUAGCAAAGCAAGCAAUAAGAAAUGACAAGGAAAAAAUUCCAGAGAUUAUCGGUCCUGAUUUAGAGAAUAGCUUUCUCUGGAAGCGGGAAGACGUAUGUGCGAGAUUAUAG